CCACCAACUUCUGUUGUAUUGGAAGAACAGCAACUUAGUAGCUUUCAUGUCCUCCUCAACUUCCUCAAUCAUUCUCUUCCUUCUCUGCUACAUUAUUGAAUAAACUCCUCUCUAUAUAAAUUUAUACACUUCUCACAAUUAUCAAAACCCUUCAUUGUUGUAUUCAUCGAUCGAAAAAUGAGGACCAAAACUCAAUCUUCUGUUAAUCUGAAGGUCGUAUUCAUAUCAUGCUCAAUCUUGAUCUUUCUAGUAAUCUUCUUUGCAAGAUCCAACAUUUCUUCUUCCUCCUCAAAACCCAUCUCCAAGACCAAUCUCUCUCAAGAGAAAGUAGAAGAAAAUCAGCAUAAACUCGUUGAAGGAUGUCCAACAACACAACAAUGCACAAAGAUGCCAAUUUCUUUAUCAGACGCAUUAGUUCACUACGUCACCAGUAACGUCACUCCACAACAGACAUUCGACGAAAUCUCUGUCUCAAAGAGAGUCUUGGACAAGAAGUCUCCUUGUAACUUCCUCGUCUUUGGUUUAGGUCACGAUAGCUUAAUGUGGGCAUCUCUCAACCAUGGUGGUCGUACCUUGUUUAUUGAGGAAGACAAGGCUUGGAUUGCAAUUGUGACUAAAAAGUUUCCAAAUUUAGAAUCUUACCACGUCGUUUACGACACCAAAGUGAAAGAUUCGGACAAAUUGAUGGAGUUUGGAAGAUCGGAGGACUGCAGAUCCGUGACCGAUCCAAGAACUUCGAAAUGCGAGCUUGCGUUGAAAGAUUUUCCGGCGGAUUUCUACGAGACGAAAUGGGAUCUGAUAAUGGUGGAUGCUCCGACUGGUUACCACGAGGAAGCUCCGGGGAGGAUGAGCGCUAUUUACACGGCGGGGCUUUUGGCUCGUAACCGUGAAGACGGAGAAACCGAUGUUUUCGUUCACGACGUUAAUCGUCCGGUGGAAGAUGAGUUCUCGGCGACUUUCUUGUGUAAAGGAUACAUGAGGGAGCAAAAUGGGAGGCUAAGGCAUUUCACAAUCCCUAGCCAUCGGGCUCGAGCUGGAAGACCGUUUUGUCCGGUUGAUGUUGACCGCCGCCGUUGAUUUUGUGCCGGGAAAUAUCUCUGUGUGGCGGAGAUUGAUGCAGUUCACCUCGAGCGACUUUUGCUUAGCUGGCAUUUUUUUUGUGUGUGUUUUUUGUCAUUUUUUUACUGAAACGGUAUAUUAAAAUGGGAUACUAUUCUUUUUAUAAUUAUUUGUUAGUAUUUCGUUAUGAAUACGAAUAAGGAAUAUUAUCAGACAUGAUUUUCACUACGAUUUUUUUUUAUAACAUUAUUUAAAUAACAUCACAAAGUGAAAUACUAAUAUUAUUCUAA